CUCUCUAAGACAUGGAUAGAUGCAAACAUGUAGGGCGGUUACGGCUCGCCCAGGACCACUCCAUCCUGAACCCUCAGAAGUGGCGCUGCCUGGAGUGCGCCACCACAGAGUCUGUGUGGGCUUGUCUCAAGUGCUCCCACGUGGCCUGCGGCCACUACAUCGAAGACCACGCCCGAAAGCACUUCAAGGAGACGGGACACCCUCUGGCCAUGGAAGUACGGGACCUGUACGUGUUCUGUUACCUGUGCGAGGACUACGUGCUCAAUGACAACCCCGAGGGGGAUCUGAAGCUGCUGACAAGCUCCCUCCUGGCGGUCCGCGGCCAGGAGCUGGAUCCGCCGGUGCGACGCGGACGGACGCUGCGGUCCAUGGCUGCGGGUGAGGAUGUGGUCCCGCCGCAGCGCGCGCCUCAGGGACAGCCGCAGAUGCUCACGGCUCUGUGGUACCGGCGCCAGCGCCUGCUGGCCAAGACCCUGCGGCUGUGGUUCGAGAAAAGUUCCCGAGGCCAGGCAAAGCUGGAGCAGCAGCGGCAAGAGGAAGCGCUGGAGCGCAAGAAGGAGGAGGCACGGCAGCGGAGACGCGAGGUCAAGCGACGGCUGCUGGAGGAACUGGCCAGCGCCCCUCCGCGCAAGAGUGCACGCCUGCUCCUGCACACGCCACGCGCCGCCAGCGGCCCCGCAGCCCUGCCUACCUCACGCCGAGUGACCCCCGCCUCCACGGUGCUCAAGCCACGUCGCCAGCCAGCAGUGGCCCCGGGCGUCACGGGCCUGCGCAACCUGGGCAACACGUGCUACAUGAACUCCAUUCUACAGGUGCUCAGCCACCUCCAGAAGUUCCGGGAAUGUUUCCUGAACCUCGACCCUUCCACAACAGAACACCUGUUUCCCCAAGCCACCAACGGGAGGACUCAGCUCUCAGGCAAGUCGGUCAGCAAUUCAGCCACUGAGCUGUCAGCGCGCAGCCACAGGGCCGAGGCAUGCCAGCGGGAGGGCUUCUGCUGGAAAGGUGGCGCGUCCAUCAGCCGGAGCCUGGAGCUCAUCCAGAACAAGGAGCCCAGCUCGAAGCACAUCUCCCUCUGCCACGAACUGCACACGCUCUUCCGAGUCAUGUGGUCGGGGAAGUGGGCCCUGGUGUCACCCUUCGCCAUGCUGCACUCGGUGUGGAGCCUGAUCCCUGCCUUCCGUGGCUACGACCAGCAGGACGCACAGGAAUUUCUCUGUGAGCUUCUGCAUAAAGUGCAGCAGGAGCUGGAAUCGGAGGGCGCUACGCGCCGGAUCCUCAUCCCCUUCUCCCAGCGGAAACUCACCAAACAGGUCUUAAAGGUGGUAAACACUAUAUUUCACGGGCAGCUGCUCAGUCAGGUCACUUGUGUAUCAUGUAAUUACAAAUCCAAUACCAUUGAGCCCUUUUGGGAUCUUUCCCUGGAAUUUCCAGAGCGCUAUCACUGCAUGGAAAAGGGAUUUGUCCCUCUGAAUCAGACAGAGUGCCUGCUCACCGAGAUGCUGGCCAAGUUUACAGAGACGGAGGCUCUGGAAGGGAGAAUCUACGCUUGUGACCAGUGUAAUAGCAAACGACGAAAAUCCAACCCCAAACCCCUUGUUCUGAGUGAAGCUAGAAAGCAGUUAAUGAUCUACAGACUACCUCAGGUCCUCCGGCUGCACCUUAAAAGAUUCAGGUGGUCUGGCCGUAACCAUCGAGAGAAGAUUGGGGUCCAUGUCGUCUUUGACCAGGUAUUAACCAUGGAACCUUACUGCUGCAGGGACAUGCUCUCCUCUCUUGACAAAGAGACCUUUGCCUAUGAUCUCUCCGCAGUGGUCAUGCAUCACGGGAAAGGGUUUGGCUCAGGACACUACACAGCCUAUUGCUACAACACAGAGGGAGGUUUUUGGGUCCACUGCAAUGACUCAAAGCUGAAUGUAUGCAGUGUCGAGGAAGUAUGCAAAACCCAGGCCUACAUCCUUUUUUACACUCAAAGAACAGUGCAGGGCAAUGGAAGGCUCCCAGAAACCCACCUCCAAGCUCAGGUGCAGUCCAGCAAUGGCGAAGGCAAACCCCGGGCGUUCCCCUGAAUGGGAGGCGUGUGUCAAAGACUGUAUUGCUUUCAAACUAAUGGUGUCUAUACAUUGCUCCUCAUGUAGGAAAUAAGGCCUGCUGCAGGAACAGCUGACUGGGUUUGCCUCCCUUGGUCUAGAGUGGAAGGUGCCAGGGGAUCCAGGGCCUCUCCUGAGAUUUGGAGCUACUUUCUUUUGAAUGGAUUUGGGAAUAACUUCUAUGAAGAUCCUUUCAUCUGUCGCUUCUGAAUUUAGAAGGAUCUGGGUAACAAGGGAGCAGCAUGAUCGUGUCCAGCCAGGAGGGCUGGAUCCAGCGUGCGAUUCCCCUGCUCAUCAGGACCUCCCUGCAGCACAGCAGAGCCUUUCCUGAGUGAGAAGUCCUGGCCAGAGCGUAAGGAGGGCCCUGGCUGGGAGUGCUUCCAAGGCGGGCAGUGAAGUGUAAGGAUUUAUUCCCACAAGACUUGAAGACUUCCUUUUAUAGAGGAUAGCAGUUGAAGAAUGAG